UUGACGCGGAGGGGAGCUUCGCUGCGAGCGGCAGGUACUGCCCGGGACGCCAUGUUGUGAGAGGAAGUAGAGCAGCUCGCUCCUGUGUGUGUGUAUAUAUGUGUGAGUGAGAGCGGGAGCUGCGCUGGAGCGGCACACUCUAUUAACCCGCUACCGGACUACCGACAGAGCGGACGGCCAGCCCAGAGAUCCCGGGCCGUUCGCUGCUCCGCUCCGACCGUUACGGGAACCCCCCGGGCGCUGCGCUCCGCUCACUGUGGGGAAGAUGCCGCUGGCACAGCUGGCAGACCCGUGGCAGAAACUGCCCGUCCAGAAAGUGGAGAGCGAGAAUGGACAGCAGUUUGUGGACGAAUCCAUGUGUGAAGAUGACAGUGAGAACAAUGAUGAAGGGAAUAUAAAUGAAAUUGCUAUUACUCACCAUGUAAAGGAAGGAUGUGAGAAAGCAGAUCCUUCACAAUUUGAGCUUUUGAAAGUACUUGGCCAAGGCUCAUUUGGAAAGGUAUUUUUAGUGCGGAAAAUCUCAGGAUCUGAUGUUGGGCAACUGUAUGCAAUGAAAGUAUUAAAAAAAGCUACACUUAAAGUUCGAGAUCGUGUUAGAACUAAAAUGGAGCGUGAUAUUUUGGUUGAAGUUAACCAUCCAUUUAUUGUGAAAUUGCACUACGCUUUCCAAACAGAGGGCAAGCUGUACCUAAUUUUGGAUUUUCUCAGGGGUGGAGAUUUGUUUACACGCUUAUCCAAAGAGGUAAUGUUCACAGAAGAAGAUGUGAAAUACUACCUAGCUGAAUUGGCACUUGCUUUAGAUCAUCUUCAUACUCUUGGAAUAAUAUACCGAGACCUUAAACCAGAAAAUAUAUUGCUGGAUGAAGAGGGCCACAUUAAAUUAACAGAUUUUGGUCUUAGUAAAGAAUCUAUUGAUCAUGAGAAGAAAGCGUAUUCAUUCUGUGGUACAGUGGAAUACAUGGCUCCUGAGGUUGUUAACAGACGCGGCCACACGCAAAGCGCAGACUGGUGGUCUUUUGGUGUUCUAAUGUUUGAAAUGCUUACUGGUACCUUACCGUUUCAAGGAAAGGACAGGAAGGAGACCAUGACUAUGAUUCUGAAAGCCAAGCUUGGAAUGCCACAGUUUCUAACGCCAGAGGCCCAGAGUCUCCUGCGCAUGCUGUUCAAGAGAAACCCCACUAACCGUUUAGGAGCUGGUCCAGAUGGCGUUGAAGAAAUUAAAAGACAUCCAUUUUUUUCUACGAUAGAUUGGAAUAAAUUAUAUAGGAGAGAAAUUCAACCACCUUUUAAACCAGCAACCGGGGGACCAGAAGAUACUUUUUAUUUUGAUCCUGAAUUUACUGCAAAAACACCAAAGGAUUCACCCGGUAUCCCUGCAAGUGCCAAUGCACAUCAGCUUUUCCGGGGAUUUAGCUUUGUUGCAAUUGCUUCUGAGGAAGAAAACCAGACAAUACAAACCGUUGGGGUUCAUGGAAUUGUUCCGCUUCACCGGAAUAGCAUCCAGUUCACGGACGGUUAUGAUCUCAAGGAAGAUAUUGGUGUGGGCUCCUAUUCUAUCUGCAAAAGGUGUAUUCACAAGGGGACCAACAUGGAAUAUGCAGUAAAGAUAAUUGACAAGAAUAAGCGAGAUCCAACGGAGGAAAUAGAAAUUUUGUUGCGUUAUGGACAGCAUCCCAAUAUUAUCACGUUAAAAGAUGUAUAUGAUGAUGGAAAAUAUGUAUAUUUAGUGACAGAAUUAAUGAAAGGAGGGGAACUUUUAGACAAAAUACUCAGACAGAAGUUCUUUUCAGAGCGAGAGGCAAGCGCUGUACUGCACACGAUAACGAGAACCGUUGAAUACCUCCAUUCACAAUGGGUUGUCCACCGGGAUUUGAAGCCCAGCAAUAUACUGUAUGUGGAUGAAUCUGGGAAUCCAGAGUCUAUUCGUAUUUGUGAUUUUGGCUUUGCUAAGCAGCUCAGGGCAGAAAAUGGUUUGCUGAUGACUCCGUGCUAUACUGCUAACUUUGUUGCUCCAGAGGUAUUAAAACGCCAAGGUUAUGAUGCUGCAUGCGAUAUCUGGAGUUUGGGUGUGCUUCUUUAUACUAUGCUUACUGGGUACACUCCGUUUGCAAAUGGGCCAGAUGAUACACCAGAAGAAAUAUUGGCAAGGAUAGGAAGUGGAAAGUUUUCUUUGAGUGGGGGUUACUGGAAUUCUGUGUCAGAUAUUGCCAAGGACUUGGUAUCAAAGAUGCUCCAUGUUGAUCCCCACCAGAGAUUAACUGCUGCGCAGGUUUUGAAGCACCCCUGGAUAGUGCACUGCGACCAGUUGCCUCAGUUCCAACUGAACAGGCAGGAUACUCCGCAUCUAGUCAAGGGAGCCAUGGCAGCCACAUACUCUGCUUUGAACCUCAAUCCUUUGUCUCCUGUUCUGGAACCUGUAGGUCGUUCAACUCUUGCUCAGCGAAGAGGUAUAAAGAAGAUUACUUCAACAGCCCUGUGAAAGUGACCUCGCCUGUCGACAGAACUACAGCUGAAGAUCGACAGCACAAAACCAAGCCAACAGAGAAAGCACAUAUCAAAAAAAGACACUCCGGCAAGCACAUGCUGUGUGUUCCUGCCAGACAUCAUCAAUGCUGCUGCUUUUGUCUGUUCUCUCUUUAAAUUGUUGAUGGCAACCCAUCUACCUUACUGACUCUUGACAAGUCUGUAAAGCAAAGUAUAUACUCGCCCUCCAAGCGGGAAAGCAAAACGACCCUCGCAUGAAGAAAACACUGAAAUUAAAUUUCCAACAUUUAAUAACAUUAUUUUUAUAGAAAUGAAUUAGCCUUCCAAUGUAAUGGGUUGUAGAAUCACUCUUUAUUUUGAGCACUUACAGAUUAUCACUGCUACUUGUUCCUUUAAAUUAUAUACUGUGCCAUUCUGUAUCUCUUGCAUUUGUAUUUUGGCAUUGCCGUUCCCCUUUGUUCUUUUCAUUUAAAGUCAUUGCCUAUGUACCUUUUGUACUUUAAACCCUGUACAUCUUUUUACCUUGUGUUUGUUUGUUUUUUCAUCUGCCUUGUCUUGGUCUCAGUCCUAGUCAGAUGUAUAUUAGGAUCGUGGUCUAGCCAAGCGGGUUGAUUAUGCAGCUCUGUUAUGAAAAUAGUUGCGAAUGUAAUGUGGGUGAGGAUCAGACAAAGAACAUCCUCCUUUAGAUACCAACAAACCCGACUAAAUAGCAAUGUCACAUUAAAGCUAGUCCAGCAAAUAAACCAUUAAAUCUGCAGUACCAGAUUACAUUAUGCUUACGUCUGAUCUUUCACAAUCCAUUGGGCUUGUGCUCCCUUGCCAAGUUUAGUGUAAAUGUUGUCACAUACAUGGCGCUUUUGUAGUGUGGGUCACUAACCACUUUAAACCAUCUUCUCAAGCAGGGGGAAUUAAGUAAUCCGCCUCAAACACCCACCAACUUGCACUAGUGGAUUAAUCUGAGUUACUUGCAGACACUCGUGUUUAAGCCGAUCCUGCUGAAAUGACUUAAGAAGCAGUGUGUAAUCCUGACAAUGGGCAAGCUUUCUCAGUAUAUAUACAGUGUGUCAAUAAGUACUGUUAUUUGGAACAAAUAAACAUUGAUCUGUUCUAAAGUAAAUGGAAUAAGCAGUUUGAUUAAGCUCUGGACAGGGAAUCAAAGUAAGAAGAGAUGUAACCGGUGAGUCACUGGUGGAGAUGCCCAACUGACCCCUACAAUCCUUCUGUUACCACUGAGGAGCAGUGUUGCUUAUAUCUACAUCUGAAUUCAGACUGUCAAUGGUUAGAAUUUCUCCUGGGCUCAUUUGCUGCAAGAUAAAGUAAUUGUCUUGUUUUCAGUAAGUUUCUGUUUAUUUUAUUGUAGAGAUUUUUUUUCUUUUAUAUUCAUUUUUCUUUUUUACUGUAUUUUUUGAAAUAGAUACAUAAUGAUUCCAGAUUUUUAAUGUUAUACAGCUUACAAAUUUGUUUAUAUUUUUUUCUCUUCUUAUUCAGUAAUUACUGAAAGCUAAAGUUCAAGAGGAUAUUACUGAUGACAAAAAGUAAUCUGUAAAAGCGAUGUACAUGAGCUUUAUCACCGAAACCCUCAUCCUUACUAAAGGGACAAUGUACACAAAGGGAUGUAAUUAUUUAGCAGGUAUCUUUUUUGCAAGGUCCUGUUCAGUUUUUUCUUUUCUUUUUUUGUUUUUGUUUUUUUUAAGGCAAAUCAUAGAGAAUAUUUUUCUACCGUUCUGUACAAUCAUUCUUUAUAAUAGAUUAUUUAGCAUGGCAUGUCAGUAAGUUUAUGAUACUUGAAUAAUAAUUCUGAACUAAUCCUUUUUGUGCCCAGCAUUUGGAAGAUGCUAAAAAAUGCUUCCAUACAGUACAAUAGACAAUUAUGUCCUAGUACAUUAAAGAAAAUAAAAGUACUUUAUCUCAUACCUAGAAAUAAAUCUAACCUAACGCUAACAUGUAUUGAACAUGAUCAAUCCUAAACCGUAAUCACUGCUUGUACAUUUCUCUUAAUCAGUUUUGUAAUGCUAAGGGAAAAAAUGGACAUUUAUAUAAUAAAGUUUCAAUUACAUAC